CUAUGGUUGGCUGGCCAGGCGGAGCGAGGGCAGCAUCCGAGGGCGGGGGGACAGAGGAGGCAGAAGACGAUGCCGGAGAAGAGCGGGCGGGCGAUGGAAGGAAGCGGAGGGAUCUUUCCAGCCGCGGAGGCUGGAGAGGCCUUCCUUGUGCAGGUCCGGGAGUCCGCUGCUCCACGUUCGUGGUGCUUGACCGGGCCUCGUCUCGUGCGGCGGUACCACGCGUCACGCCAGCCUCCGGGCCACAACGGGCGAGAUGCAGAUCGUUGGGAGUGUCUGCGGUACGAGAAUUCGCUCGAGGACAGAUUCGCCUCCAUGCGAAUUUGGCCAUCGCAGAGCAGGUUGAUUCUCAGUGCAGUUGAGCGCGUCGCGAGGUGAGAUCGUACUGGCCGGAAACAGCCGAAUUGUGAUUGCCGAGCGAAAUUCUCGGUCCAGCAGCAGCAGGAGCAGCGGUUACGUUGAGGAACAUCAAUUCAUCGUCGAGAGAAGUAGGAUCAGCAUCAGGAGUAAGAGUGAAAGCCGUGCACGCCAGUUAGACCGGUAUCCGAGAAAGGAGUCUCCUUGGGUCGAAUUGCCAUUGAAUGCGACCCUCCAAUUGACAGGAAGUGCGGACCUUUUGGAACGUUCGGAAGCCGAGGAUAAUGCCAUACUGCCAUGUCCAGGAGUACGAACGAAAUUCAAAGAGAAGCCAUGGAUCCCAUGUGGCGAGAUCGAAGAACCCCGAAGAUUUGAAGCUGUUCUAUCAGCUUUAUGGCCAUGGGUCCACGAAAGUUCUUCUGAUUAUUGGGCUGGCAGCCACCCAUGACGCAUGGGGUCCACAACUGAUUGGUCUGUGCGGGACGGAUGUUCCCAAUGAGGCCGAAAUCGGAGAAAGCGAGGAUGGGGAGCAGGAAGAGGAAGAGGGUGCAGGCAGUGAUAGACACGGAAGUGGGGGGGAUGUGGUUCUCGAGAGUCAUGGAGCGACUGUCGAGGAUUGCUUGAGCACAUACUCGGAGGGUGAUAGGAAGAGCAACUAUGACAUCAAGGAGCAGACCGGAAAUGGUGUGCAGGUGUGCACUUUCGACAAUCGAGGAGUCGGAAAAUCCUCGAUUCCUCAGCACAGGUCGCUCUACUCGACCAAAACCAUGGCGAAGGAUGCGCUGGCGUUACUGGAUCACUUGGGAUGGUCAAAAGCUCAUAUUUGUGGGCACUCGAUGGGUGGGAUGAUAGCCUGUAAGCUUGCCGCCAUGGCACCUCAUCGCGUUUCUUCGUUGACUUUGAUUGGCGUUACUGGAGGAGGCUAUCAGUGCUUGCCGAAGCUGAAUCGGACGACGCUGUCAAUUGCGUACAGAAUUCUCCGGGCGAAGACCCCCGAGGCUAGGGCGGAGGUAGACCUCGACACGCACUUCACAUAUGAUUAUUUGGAAUCCGUCGUCGGUGAAGAAAAAAGGAGGAAUUUGUUGUUCAAAGAGUACGUACGAAAUCUAUCAAAUGCAGGCAUGCAGCCGAAGCAUGGGCUGGAGGGCCAAGCCUAUGCAUGUUGGAAACAUGGUCUAGCAUCUGAAGAACUCCAUACGAUUCGGUCUGCGGGCGUCAUUGUGACUGUCAUUCAUGGCAGGGAAGAUGUUAUAGCCCAAGUUGAGCAUGCACGCAAACUGGCUAGAAAGUUGCACCCAGUGUGUCGUAUGGUGGAACUGCCAGGCGGUCACCUUGUAACGCAUCAAAACACCGAUGAGGUCAAUGAAGUUCUUUUGGAUAUGGUGAGGGCGGUAAAUAUGAACGUACAAUGCUAUGAAUGGGAGAAAAUCGACGCCAAUUCCUACGGAGAAGUUUCUAAAAUUCCGCAGGACGAAGGCCAAGGAGAAACAAACCAACAAGUUCAAGUCUCGUCUCCGCCUUUGCAAGGCAGAUUAAAAACCUCUGGCUCAGCUGUUUCUGUCUACGCGAUCUAUUCGAUGAUCAUGCCUGAAUGGGUAGAUAUCCUUUAUGUUUUUCCUUUUCUUCAUUGGACCGCUAAAGUAAUUCAGAAUAGCUUGUAAGAAUUUGUACUUUAUAGAACCACAAAAUCCCCUCAGAUAUUCAUUCAUAGAGAAGUAUUUGACAACCAAAAGUGGUUGUCAGAUUGUCUAGCUUGUAACGACUAAAAAAUUGCCAUUUGAUUAAAAUGGUCGAAGGCCCGGGACAUUCUCACAUGCAGUUGGUUUCGCUGCAAUUUUGAUACGUUCUUUUACUUUCACGGUUGUAGACCUUUCGAAACACGUCUCUUGGUGAUCAACUUUUAAUCGAUUUUGUAAUGCUCCUUGUCAAACAAGAUUGCGUGCACUUCAGGCCAUCGUGGAAAAUCCAGAAAAGCUUACAGCCUAAUCUGAACUUAUUUACCUCAAAUUU